UGCGACGUCGGACGAUUCAUAUAUCUACCUUUUGUCUUGCUUUGGUCAACGCUCGCGGCGCGAUCGAAACCUCUGUGAUUUCUCGUUUAGACCGACCGUGUACAGCUCCCCAGAAGUCUAUCGUCGGUUUCGUCUUUCCUGCUGCUGGAGCAAGCAGUCCCCGGAAUCGAAGUAAUCUCCGCGAUGACGACUAUUUGCUCGACUCCGAACUCUCCGCCCGAUCUGACCGGGUCCAAGUCCUCUAAAUCGUCUUCUUUCCGUUCUUCCUCCCAACACUCAGGCCCCGAGGCUCUUUUCACCGAUAUCUCCAAUUUCGAAGAAGUUGACCUUGAAGACGAAGCGCAAAUCACCUAUAUGGAAACCAAGGUACCCUUCAGCCGAGCAGGCAGCAUCACGCAGACAUUUCCGACCAGGAUGCAAGCCAAAUCGGCUGUGGUCACGACCCGCGACCUGACCGCCACGAAACCGAGUAAAUUGCCCGGACAGACCAAUGGAUCCUUGGCCCAACCGGGCCGUGGCGGGCACGGCGUCACGACCGGGACUCAGCGGGAUGCCACAUUGGGCAAGCACGCACCGCUGCAAGUAUCUAAACCCCGUCGGUCGCGAUCGAACUCGCCGUUGCGACCUACUUCGAACUUAGGAUCCUCCCCUUCCACGCACAGCUUGUCCUUGACGCCUGCUACUCCCCCAACACUCAACCGAAAACCAUCCUGGCAGCGUACUCGGAGAACACUUAAAGAUCUUGAGGAGGAAUAUCACGAUUCUGAUGAUGAUUUGCCUGAAGAUGCCAGUCUCUGGAACGUUCCCAUUUCCCCUCGUCCGAUGCAAGAUCGAGCCCCGUCCCGGAGCACAAGUCCAAGCGGUCGCAGUCCUGGUCCCCGGCCAUUACCUCUGUCGCAUUCUGUCUCAGAUGUAACUCUUCCAAAAUCCCCCUCAGGUUCGCGAUCGCCCACGUCCCGAAACGCUCGAUCCAAGGCACGUUCCAGCUCUGCGGGGCCGGAACGAGGUCAGAUCUCUCCACGCAAUCCCCGAGCCUACUCAUAUAACAGCAUGAUGUCAGACCUGUCGGAAGAGGCUCGAAUCAUCACUGAAGCGCUGGAAUUCCACGCUGAUGAGCGAGAGCGUCGGCGUGGAGAGACUUUGCAGAGCGGGCUGUCUUCUUUAAGGUCUAGCACGGACUCGAAGCAGGGAUCGAAAACGCCGAUUGAGCUGCCACCACUUCAAAAGUCAAAUAUCAUGAUUGACCCUUUGCCCAUUAGCAAAGAGAAAGAAAAGGUAUUAAGUCGGACACGGCCAAGCUGGCUACCACCGAAGGACCCCUUGGAGGAGAAGCGGCAUCUGAAGGAGUACAGAAAGAUGAUGGCGCAGUCACGGGAAGCAGACAAACGUCGAGCUGCUAAAGCUGCUUCCGUGAAGUGCGAAAAGGACAAUACCCGGGAAACUCUCCAACAAAUAUGGGACGAAUAUGUCUAUCCCAACUGGGAUAAUGUCAUUCAUGAGCCGCGCACCCGAGAGCUCUGGUGGCGCGGUGUGCCGCCGCGGCUCCGCGGGUCAACCUGGCAGCGGGCUAUCGGCAACGAGCUGGCUCUUUCCGAAGAAACGUACAAAAAGGCACUGCAACGGGCCAAGGAUGUGCGCGCCCGCCCUGACAACGAUACAGGCGAGAGCAACAAGCGAAUGCGGGAGUGGUUCGGAGCCAUUGAGCAGGACGUGUCCAAGGCAUUUCCCGACUUGAAACUUUUCCAGCCUGGCGGUCCGCUCCGCGAGACGUUAAUCGAUGUUCUGGAGGCCUAUUCGAUGUAUCGGAGCGAUGUGGGAUACAUCAGCGGACUGCAUACCAUCGCAGCCCUCUUGGUCCUUCAAUUCCCGUCGCCUGCUUCGGCGUUCCUUGCAAUGGCUAAUGCGCUCAAUCGCCCCCUUCCUGUUGCCUUCUUGACGCUCGACCGCGGGGCUAUCGGUCGGACAUAUUCCCUGGCGUCCGCGACGCUGAAAUACAAAUUCCCACGGCUCUCGACGCAUUUAUAUGAAACACUGCGUCUUAGCGACGAGGAAAUCUGGGAGCCUAUGUUCCGCUCUCUCCUAACAAACGGACUAGACCUGGAGCGUCUGAGCCGGGUUUGGGACUGCUGGGUAUUUGAAGGAGACCGCAUCAUGAUCCGCGCGGCAGUUGCGACUCUAGGCAGUUUGCAGUUGCAGCUCUUCGGCUUCACGAAAUCCGACGAUCAGAGUCGACGGUCGGUGCAGGGAAUCCUAAGUUGGGGACCGCGUCAGGCGGGAACCAACAGUAACAAGGAGCAACGCCACAGUGCACCAGCAGCUUCUACGUCGGCAGGUUUUGGUGGUGGUGGUCUAGCAUCUUCCGGCAUUGGUGACUACUGGCUGCUCUCCUCCGCAGGCGAUGAGGAUGGGUUUAUGAGCGAGGUGAGAGAGGCAGGGAAGGUUCGGUGAUUACUUGAUUCG